UUAUCCAAAGUAGGGUCUUUUUCAAUGAUCCCACUCCUCCUUCUCCCUUCAAUCCAUUCAUUACCGUGUUGCAGCUUUACAUUUUGCAUUUGUAUUUCUCCCUCCUUAGAUUCUUAUUCGUCCUUCGAUUUGGGUUUGUUCUCUCGUAAGCCCCUCUUCAAAGGACCACUUCUUUAAAUUCGAUCCUUGUGUCUGAAACAGUGAUUUAGGGUUUCUUCUUGCUCUUCUGUGUUUUGGUAUGCUCUCGUGAUGGGUUUCUCUCAGGCUACACGCCUGAAUCUCUCUUCCUACUCGUCUCUCUCUCCCUGCCAGACAAGAGUAAACCAGAAGCAGAAGACUCUUGUUACCUUCCUUACCAGUUGUAGAAAGGGAAAGAGACGUUCUUUACUCACUGUUAAAUCAGUCUUAAACAAUACAAGACCAAGCUUCAACGAUAAUGGAACAGCCGAGCCUUCCAAGGUUCUCUUGGAUAAACUAUUCGCUCGGACACAGGAGCUGGAUCCUCCUGACGAGGCUCUGUCCUAUUCAAGCAGCCUUGGGGGGAUUGAGUCUGAACUUCAAGCUGCGUUAAUGGCGUUGUUGAAAAGGGAAGAGGACUUGCAGGAUGCAGAGAGGAAGGUUCUCUCUGAGAAGAAGAAACUAAAGAAAGCAAAGGAAGGGUUGGAGAAGCGGGAGAGAGUGAUCGUGGAAGCUUCUUUGAAGCAUGAGAGUCUACAAGAGGAGCUGAAGAGGGCGAAUGUUGAGUUAGCUUCACAGGCCAGAGAGAUUGAAGAGUUGAAGCAUAAGCUUAGGGAAAGAGACGAGGAGCUUGUUGCUAUGCAGUCGUCCUUGACUUUUAAAGAACGUGAGCUAGAUCGAAUGCGUGUUGAGAUUUCAAUCAAAACCAAGGAGGUUUCUGUGGCGAGUUUUGAGUUUGAAAACAAGUCAGAGCUCUUGAGCAAAGCUAAUGAGAUUGUGAAGAGACAAGAAGAGGAGAUACAUGCACUUCAGAGAGCACUCAAGGAGAAGGAAGAAGAGAUAGAAGUUUCUAUGGCGGAGAAGAGACUUGAGCAGGAGAAGCUCAGAGAAACAGAAGCCAACUUGAAGAAACAGACGGAAGAGUGGUUGAUAGCUCAAGAUGAAGUGAACAAGAUUCAGGAGGAAACUGUGAAACGCUUAGGAGAAGCUAAUGAAACCAUGGAGGACUUUAGGAGAGUGAAGAAGCUUCUGAAUGAUGUGAGAUUCGAGCUUGUUUCUUCUCGGGAAGUUUUGUUAUCUUCAAGAGGGAAAAUGGGCGAGAAGGAGCUACUAUUAGAAAAACAAUUAGAGGAACUCGAGGAACAGAGGAGAAGCGUGUUGUCAUAUAUGCAAAGCUUGAGAGAUGCUCACAGUGAAGUAGAGAGUGAGAGAGUUAAGCUCAGAGUUGCUGAGGCUAAGAACUUUGCACUUGAGCGAGAGAUAUCACUCCAAAAAGAACUGCUGGAGGACUUAAGAGAGGAGUUGAAGAACGAGAAGACUUCGUUGGAGCAAGCUAUGCAUGAUGUCUCCACCAUUCAAGACGAGCUUGACAAAAAAACUAACGAGUUUCAGGUCUCACAAUCUCUACUUCAAGAGAAAGAGACAAGCUUGGUGGAGGCUAAGCUAGAGAUUCAGCAUCUGAAGUCAGAACAGGCUUCUCUAGAGCUACUACUACAAGAAAAAGAUGAAGAGCUCACUGAAGCGAGAAAUAAAUUGGAAGAAGUGAACCGGGAGGUUAAAGAGCUAAAGAUGCUUAUGACAAGUAGAGAAGAUCAGCUUACACAGGCAACUGAAUUGCUGAAGGAGAAAGAUGUCCACCUUCACAGAAUCGAAGACGAGUUAGGCAGUUCCAAGAUGCAAGUCAGUGAAGCUGAGAUGGUGGUGGAAAGAAUAGCGGAGCUGACGAGCAGAUUAGUUCAAGACCAGAUAAGCUUUGACUCGAUGCAGCAACCACUAGAGAAACAACCUCAUGUUGAUUACGGAAUGGAGAACAAACGGCUAGUGAUGGAGUUAAACUUCACCAGAGAAAAUCUACGCUUGAAAGAAAUGGAAGUUUUGGCUGCACAGAGGGCUUUGACGUUUAAAGACGAAGAGAUCAACGUGGUGAUGGGAAGACUAGAAGCAAAGGAGCGAGAACUCAAGAAACUUAAAGAAGAAACGGUCAAUGAUAGUGAAGAUUUGAAAAUGCUAUAUGCGUUGGCGCAAGAGAGUGUCGAGGGGAAAACAAUGGGUGAUCUAGCUAUAGAGAAGCUUCAGCUUGAGGCAGCUCAACUUGAAGUAGAAGCUGCAACGAGUGCGUUGCAGAAGCUUGCGGAAAUGAGCACAGAGCUUCUAACUGAAGCUGACAUGAGUAUCGAUGCAGAUUCUAGCUUCGUUGUAAUACCAGAAAACGAAAACAGUUCAUCCGACUGUAUAGCCGAGGUAAAAUCAGAAGUUGGGAGGCUCUGGUCAUUGACAGAGAAACUCCUAGAGAAUGCAGGAAUCGCUGAUGAUACAUCCACAUGCAUGUAAAGUGUGACUUUAUUAGAUUCAUACGGAUUAAAUUUAUAAGAUUGAUCUGUAUUGUGAAUUUUUUGUGUGGGUUCUGUAGAGUUACCAGUUGCUAAAUAAACAUGUUGUGACUUGUUACCAAGUGUUCUCAAAACUAAGAUUGUUCUGCAUACAAGGUUGUUGUGCCUUUGAGAAUGUUAGACAUGUAAUAAGAGCUUUGUAUCCUCUUUUCUCCAUGUAAGAACGAACAUACAAAACAUAUGUGAUAUUUACCCA